AUGAGCCUCCAACUGUUUUCGACAAACACGGCCGGCCGAGCCAAGUGGACGGGUCCUGGACUCCUCGAGGCACUGUUCACAACGACGACGGGGGGAGAUCUAGCCGGCGUCGCAAAGGCGAAGAAGGAUCUCGACCAGCGACGUCGCGCCCUUUACGACCUGCGGCUCGAAGAUGCGCAGGAGAAGUACCUUGCCGAGGCAAACAGGCUCAGGGCAGAGGGUAUAUCGACCGACACGUUUCGACAACGCUCGCGUUCAUCCAGAGGUUGCUGCGACCACGCCGCGCUUGACAUUGGUGGCUUGAUGACCCUCUGGACUGGCAAGGCAGGCUUCGGCAACCGUACGGGCAGAUCGGAGGAACUCGUCUUCGACGACGAGGCAGAGGACCGCUCGGAGAAGGCCAUGUUUUGGUUGCUUCGCUACGCUGCUCCUGACUAG